AUGUCGAGCAAAAUAAAAGUGUGGAAUAUGGAAGUUUUUAAAAACAUUUUUGUUGAGAAAAGUUCAGUUGAAAAGAAGCUAUCAGACAUUCAGGAGACUAUAAUUCUCCACGGCCUCGAUUCAGUUACAUAUGAUAAGCAAAAACAGUUACAAGAGACUUGGGAAGAACUGAGUAAGAGAGAGGAAAUAUACUGGAGGUACAAAUCUAGGGAGUUAUUACUAAAACAAGGGUACAGGAACACAAAAAAUUUCCAUGCAUCUGCCAAGUCCAAACGUGCAACAUCAACAAUCUUCUUCAUUAAUGAUCAUAAUAUAGGUAACACACUCACCAAUGCAUUAGACAUCCAAAAUGAAGGUGUUAGCUUUUCCAAAAAUCUUUUAUCUCUAACCAAUGCACCUCAUUCAACCUCCCAUCAAGAUGAAAUAGAAAUUUUGGAUGUCAUUUCACAAAUUAUUACACAACAAGACAAUGAAGACCUAAUGAAACCAUUCACUAUUGAAGAGGUUAAGAAAGUAGUAUUCUCACUAGCUGUUGAUAAAGCACCAGGCCCCUAUGGAUUCACUGCAUUGUUUUUCCAAAAAUGUUGA